GUCUAUUUACAUAUACCAUCAAGUCACUGCAAGAAGAAAUUGUACUUUGUUAGUUGCAAGUUGGUAGUCAAAUCACUCUCCGUUGAAGCCGUGUUAGCCAGUAGUCUCACGUCAUUGGCUCCACACCGAAUUCCUAAAAAAGACAGCGAAGCUCAAGCUGCUAGGCUACCAGGAAACGGCCGCAGUCCCACUGGCUGUCCCGCUAUCAAUGAACCCGCCCUGGUCUACAGCUCAGUUCAACAUCACGGAGCUUGAACCAACGCUCAGCUCCUCCACGCCCAAACCUACCUACCAGAGCUGCCAAUCCGCUAUAUUUUGGGUCGUCCAAGAUGUCAUACUUCUUUGCGACACCCGUUGACAUCGAUGUCGUGCUUGAAGAUGCCGACGAACGGAACAUGGUCGACGUCAAGCUUGACAAGAAUCGACGCGAGAAGGCGCCGUUGUACAUGGAUGGCGAGUCGGUCAAGGGCGCAGUCACGGUUCGUCCUAAGGAUGGGAAGAGGUUAGAGCAUACUGGCAUCAAGGUGCAGUUCAUCGGCACGAUAGAAAUGUUCUUCGACCGCGGCAACCACUACGAGUUCCUCUCACUGAACCAAGAACUCGCGGCGCCGGGCGAGCUGCAACACCCUCAAACCUUCGACUUCAACUUCAAGAACGUCGAGAAACAAUACGAAUCCUACAACGGGAUCAAUGUCAAGCUGCGGUACUUCAUCAGAGUCACAGUCUCCCGUCGCAUGGCGGACGUGAUCCGCGAAAAGGAUAUCUGGGUGUACAGCUACCGGAUCCCGCCCGAGAUGAACAGCAGCAUCAAGAUGGACGUGGGCAUCGAGGACUGCCUGCACAUCGAGUUUGAGUAUAGCAAGAGCAAGUACCACCUUAAGGAUGUCAUCGUCGGCCGCAUUUACUUUCUGCUUGUCCGCCUCAAGAUUAAGCACAUGGAGCUGAGUAUUAUUCGGCGCGAGACGACGGGCGCGGCGCCCAAUCAGUAUAAUGAGAGUGAGACGUUGGUGCGCUUCGAGAUCAUGGAUGGCUCCCCCUCCCGCGGCGAGACCAUCCCUAUUCGCCUAUUCCUAGGCGGCUUCGACCUGACCCCGACCUUUCGCGACGUCAACAAGAAGUUCUCCACACGCUACUACCUCAGUCUAGUUCUGAUCGACGAGGACGCGCGGCGGUACUUCAAGCAGUCCGAGAUUAUCCUGUUCCGUCAGGCCCCAGACGCCAUCCAGAACAGCCAAACCGUGGUCUCGGUGCCGGAAUCGACGCGAACCAUGCCCGCUGUCGAGGCAUGAUGUCACAAAGUUGGUCGGUUUUGAUUUCUUGGAUCCCUGCUAAAGAGUCAUCAAUGAUCAUCACGGUAAAAGUCAGGUCAGGCCAGGCGGCGUUUGCACAUAGUUUUUAUACUCAGAUGAGUUUGUUUGAGCAUGGGUUGGCACGGCGUUUUAUGGUCUUAGAGCGCAGGAGAUCUAAGUAGUCUUGUCAGGGCAGCAGGGCAGUAUAUCAUCCAAUAAUAUUCUCACAUUUUUGGCCCUGUCCCUUUUGACCCUUUGGUCUAUGCACCCACGGCCUCGUCCAGCCUUGGGAAUUGACGCCCUGGAUCACCGUAGCCCAUUCCCGAUUGCCAGGCUGGGCUAGCUUAGGCUUGCCUUUCCUUUCAGAGCUCGUAACAACCAUCGAUGCGGUA